GGCCGGCCUCCACCGCAGCCUGUCCGGCCCCCACCCCUGGCGCGCGCUCCUCCGCACCCACAAGGGCGUUCAGCAGCCGCGCCUCCCCUUCCCGCCACCGCCUCCUUCUCCGCUGGCUGUGGCGGGCGAGGACACGUCAGGGGCCAUAAAUAAAUAAAUAAUUCCAUUCACCCGUUGACAGCGAGGCGAAUCGGCUGCGGUUUGCUGGGAACGGAGGGCUGCAGCGCCCACCCUGCGCCAGAGACCAGAUAAAGAGUCAAUCUUAAGAUGUCAUACUUUCCUGUGAAACCUGAAACAAGGUGAUCUGGGGAACCAAAGACUCUAAGACUCUUGGUGCCAACAGAGUUACUCUGUUACUUGAAUUUCCAUUAGAGGAGCAGAAAUGCCACCAACGCCAAGUGCCCCACCUGUGCAUCCACCUCCAGAUGGAGGAUGGGGUUGGAUUGUGGUUGCAGCAGCUUUUAUCUCCAUUGGAUUUUCCUAUGCAUUCCCCAAAGCUGUCACCGUAUUCUUCAAAGAAAUUCAGCAAAUAUUCCACACUACCUACAGUGAAAUAGCAUGGAUUUCAUCCAUUAUGCUGGCUGUUAUGUACGCAGGAGGUAGAAUAUUUGAAAGCUUUUUGAUCUUCACAUCCUUGAGGAUUCAGUGCAGCUUUACUCAAUCAGGAUCAUUCCUAGGUCCUGUAAGUAGUGUUUUGGUGAAUAAAUAUGGCAGCCGGCCAGUGGUGAUAGCAGGAGGCUUAUUAUGCUGUCUUGGAAUGGUGUUGGCCUCCUUUAGUAGCAGCGUGGUACAGCUGUACCUCACUAUGGGAUUCAUUACAGGUUUAGGUUUAGCCUUCAACCUGCAACCCGCCUUAACCAUAAUUGGCAAAUACUUCUAUAGGAAGCGACCCAUGGCAAAUGGAUUGGCCAUGGCAGGAAGUCCUGUUUUCUUAAGUUCAUUGGCUCCUUUCAAUCAGUACCUUUUUAAUACUUUUGGCUGGAAAGGAAGCUUCCUGAUUUUGGGAAGUCUACUUUUGAAUGCCUGUGUGGCUGGUUCCCUCAUGAGACCCCUUGGACCCAAUCAAACCACUUCUAAGUCUAAAAGUAAGACUGGCAAAACAGAAGAUGAUUCAAGCCCGAAGAAAAUCAAAACGAAGAAAUCAGCUUGGGAAAAAGUUAAUAAGUAUUUAGAUUUCUCCCUUUUUAAGCAUAGAGGAUUUCUGAUAUAUCUGUCUGGAAAUGUCAUUAUGUUCCUAGGUUUUUUUGCCCCCAUUAUAUUCUUGGCUCCAUAUGCUAAAGACCAAGGAAUUGAUGAGUACUCGGCAGCUUUUCUGCUAUCUGUUAUGGCUUUCGUUGAUAUGUUUGCUAGGCCUUCUGUAGGAUUAAUUGCAAACUCCAAAUAUAUUCGACCUCGAAUUCAGUACUUCUUCAGUUUUGCAAUCAUGUUCAAUGGAGUGUGUCACCUCUUGUGCCCACUGGCACAGGACUACACAAGCCUGGUAUUAUAUGCUGUAUUUUUUGGCCUUGGAUUUGGGAGUGUUAGCAGUGUUCUCUUUGAAACUCUCAUGGACCUCGUGGGUGCACCAAGAUUUUCCAGUGCCGUUGGACUUGUCACAAUUGUGGAGUGUGGCCCAGUUCUUCUUGGCCCUCCUCUUGCAGGUAAAUUGGUGGAUUUAACUGGAGAAUAUAAAUACAUGUACAUGUCCUGUGGGGCUAUUGUGGUAGCAGCAAGCGUGUGGCUGCUCAUUGGCAAUGCUAUCAACUAUAGAUUGCUUGCAAAGGAAAGGAAGGAGGAAAAUGCAAGGCAGAAGACCAGAGAAUCUGAACCCUUGAGCAAAUCUAAAUAUUCGGAAGAUGUUAACGUCAAAGUUUCAAAUGCACAGAGUGUAACCUCAGAAAGAGAAACUAACAUUUAACAAGAAUCACAUCUCUGAUUUCAGUGUUUAUGACUUUAUCUAGGAGUUUGUUUUUCAUUUUGUUUUUUUAAAUUAUUAGAAAAGGUUUUAGCUGAAAUGAGGAGUCACAAUUAAGGAUGGAGAUGAUAUUUUCCUCAAUGGCAAAUUUUAAAUUAGUUUUUAAAAACUUAUUUGGAUAGUUAAAUUUUGAGAUUAUGCAAUAGAAAGAAUCCAUGCUAUAGGUUUAUUUCCAUACCUGACUCUGGGUGUGGUGGUUAAAAUACUAAUUUUAAAGUCUUCCAGUGACUUUCGGUCUUGGUUAUAUGGAGAAUUCUGAAUCCCAAACCCUGGUUUAGGUAGGUAAGGAGGAUGCCUAAUCCUACAAAGUGACCCUUUAUACAUUUCAUUUUUUAUUUGAUAUUAAAGUAUGAGAUAGAGUUGAGAGACAAUUAAUUAUCCCCUCUUACACACAAACACACAUACUCCCACAUACUUACCCACAUGUACACAGAGUAUCUGGAGAAUAAAACCCAAAUUCAAAAAAAAAAUGUUAAUUUAUUUUUAAGGUAAAAAUAAUCCAUGAAGAUAAAAGAAACAUAUGUCUGCAUGCUACUUUACAAUGUUGGUUUUAAAGAUAAGCACAUGGGUAAAAAUGAGGGUGAUCCUUAUUCAAAAAUAACAUCUGACUACUAUAAAAAUAUUUGCAUAUAUAAGUUUGACAAAAGAAAAUCAAUGUUAAACCAUUAAAUCUGAGCACAGUUAGACUUGAUUAAUCCAUGCACAUGAUUUUUUUUGAGUAGGGAGCAUUAGUACCUGGUGCUAGAGAAUAGAACCCUCAAAUAAUUUUUAGAAUUCUUACCUAAUAUGUAAAAGUCUGCAUGACUCUUAACAAUGAGCCACAUCCAUUGAUUUUACAGGGAUUUUAGUUCGUAAUCCAGAAAGUAAUAAUCAGGGAUUUUAUUUUAAUCAGGCAUCAAUCCAGAUUCACUGUUAUACUGAAAUAUCAAAGUAAAAUCCUAGUUGGCAGGAUUGUAAGUAGACCGAAUUCUAAUUUUUCCCAACACAUAGUGGUAAUUGGAGGUUACUGUUAUGAAUACUCCAUCUGACUACGACUAAGAGAGUGAGGGGUGUAAUGAACCCUCUAAGCUCUCUCAGUUCCUUCCCUUCCACAAAAUGCAAGAGCAAAAGCAAACUACAAACAGGCCUUGUGCUCAACCACUGGAAAUGCCUCCUAGGAUAAGAAUGGCAGCACUUGAAAAUUCUGCCCUCUACUGAUGAGACUUCCUGCUGCCUUUGGACAUAACUAAGCCAGGAAACUUAAAAAGCCUUCUAGAAAUAGAGACACUGUAUGACUUGCAAUUGUAGGUAUAGUUUAUAAUCUGAUAGCAAAAAACUUGAAAUAUUGCAGCCCAGUUUAAUUCAGCACUUUCCCAUUUUCAUAACUAUGUGAAAACAUCUGGGAAUUUGAAACACUCCUGAAUACAGAGGCAUAUUCUUUUUAAACUAUAAAUACCAUUUUGAGUGAGAAAGUACUUUUAAACAAGAAAGAAAUUGUACAUUAUGACUAAAGUUAUAAAUAUAAUAUUUAUAUCUAUAAAUCUGAAGUUUAACAUUAUGAUUAAUUUAAAAAGUAUUUAGUGCUUGACAAUUAAAGUAGUGUCACUCUUAAGAUGUCAAAGGGAAUUAGCCAUUUUUUUAUUGUAAUAAAGGCAGGUGCUAUUUUUUUCUGGUGAGAUUGCACUGGAUACCAGGCUUUCGUAAUAGUUAACAUUAAGUAUUUGAUUCAUAAAGUUAAUUCACUGCUUAAGCAUGUGGCUCAUAUUUAGGAAGCUAUAUAAAAUUCAGUUUUUCAUUUAACAUUUGCUCUUUUGCAUAUGAAGAGAUAUUUGUAUUUUUCAAAUGUUAAGUAAAACAAGAUGUGCCAAUAUCAUAGGUAAAUAAAUUAGGGAAAAUGUGGGACUUUACGGCUGUUUUUAAUUUAGUUUCACCCGAUCUUGAUUCUUGAAUUAGCUAUGUUUAUAUUUUUAGUUCUUUUUUAUUCAACUCAGAUUUGUCAAGAAAUGUAACCUCUAAAUUGUGUAGUACCUCUCCAAUCAUAAAUUUUCAAAAAAAAUUCUACUUUCCAAAAAGUGUCUUGAAUUCUCUGAAAAGGCACAUUAAACUAAUAUGAACAUCAGAUACCAGGGGGAAAUAAAUGGCAAAGUAAUAAUCAUGAGGUUUUAGGUCAAAGACUACAUUAUAUAUAUUUUUUAUUACCUUCUAGUAGAGACAUCCUCCUGGGUGCAUUUCAGUGGCCUUCUCCAGGGAGGAGGUUUAUUUACUUACUGAUGAGUUUCUCGUCAUGUCAAAACCAGUUCACAUUUGUCUGGCUGCUCUUUGGUUGUCUUCAUUCGUUAUUUAUUUCUAACACUGUAUUAAAUUGUUAGAAAAGAAAGUAAAACUUGCACAUUCAAAGCACAUGGUUUGUACAGUCACACCUGGCAGUAGCACUGCACAGUUGUUACAAAUAUGCACACACGUUAACUGCUAUGCAUAAAUAUUGACAGUUAAACCAGAACACAAUUGAAACAGUGACAUAAAUACCUACAGGAUUCAGAAUUGUUCCAGGGUAAUAUAAAUUAUUCUACUUGUUCACUCUCCCCACCCUCUUGAACUUGUUAGAUUUGCUGCUUUAGCAGAAUCUUUCCAAGAUUGAGAAAAGUGUAUCAACCUAGGAUUUUCAUUAUUAUAUAGUCACAUAAAUGGAGGAGGAGAUAUAUUUGGCUUCUGCCUCUGCAACAAUUAGUAUGAACAUAUUUCUUUCUCUAGGGAAUAAUAGGUUUUAAACAUUUGUGAUAUCAUGAAGCAAAGUCAGGGUAUACCACUACAAUCCCCACUAAUCUCUAUUCCCACAUUAUGAAAUUGUACAGAAGAAAGGGUGUCAUUAAAUCAAGGUAUCCAAAUAAUUCAUGGCUACUUUAACUAUUUUUUCAUUCGUGUUAACUGAGCCCCCCAUAUUUUUUACUACUUAACCUUAAAUAUGCCAUCACUAAUUUAUGAAUAGAACAUUGGGUUUGCACUUUUCCUGACCUAUCCUCACCCCCUUUCCUGAUCCUUUUUGCAUUCACCUAGCACACCUUAAGAGACAACAAAUCUGGUUUUAGUGUAUUUCAUAUUGGAAGACAUGAUGUUUUCUCAGUAUAAAUCUACAUGUCUCAUAAAUAAUCACUUUUUUGGUGCCAAGUUUCAACCCUUUAGCUCAUGGACUCAUUGGCCUCAGCCUAGUACUAAGAAACAAGUAAAAUAAUUAGAUUUUCUAUGUUUGAAUGUGCACUUUAAAAAAUCUAGAUAAUUUAUACUCAUUCUUUUCUGGCUGUACAACAUGACAAUCAAGAAUAUAGAAAAGAAGACUAAAAGAUAUAUGAUAUAAAUGUAAGUUUUUAUGUAGAUGACAUAAAUAUGAAGAGAUAUUCUUGGUCAGUUAGUUGAAACAUUUUUUAUCUAAAACACCUUUAAAAAAUCCCUUUCAUAUGUAGAAUGUGGAAGACUUUUAAUAAAACAAAAUAAAAAUUGUUAUUUUUAGGCUUAAUUUAAUAGGGAGAUUGGAUGCAUAGUGGAAAGGGAACUAAUAUUUAUGUAUUAUGCAUUUUGCUUAUGUAAUGCCUUUCAAUAUGAAAACCAAAACCAUGGCAGAAUUAUUACUAGCUUGAUAUGACAGAUGAGUGAAAACAAAAAACAAAGAAGCUCAGCAGACUACCCAAAGUUAAAAGGCAGUAUGAACCAAAAUUAAAACUCAGGUUUACCUAACCAGAAAGAUCCCCGAGGUGUUCACUACCGUGCUGCCUCCCAAUAGAGGCCAGAGAAGCAAAGGAAGAUAAAAUAUAGGUACAAAAAAGAUACAUCCUAUAUAGUAAAACAAUUAGGUUUAACUGUAACUUGUAUUAUGAUUUAUUUAGUGUUUAUCAGAGAACUGCAUUCGCUAGAACCUGAAUAUGUAAUUUCUUUCUUUCUUUUUUUUUUUUUUUUGAGACUGAGUCUUGUUCUUGUCGCCCAGGCUGGAGUGCAGUGGCGCAAUCUCAGCUCACUACAACCUCCGCCUCCCGGGUUCAAGCAAUUCUCCUGCCUCAGCCUCCCGAGUAACUGGAAUUACAGGCAUGUGCCACCAUGCCCGGCUAAUUUUGUGGCUUUUUUUGUUGUGUUUUGUUUUGUUUUAGUAGAGAUGGGGUUUCUCCUUGUUGGUCAGGCUGGUCUUGAACUCUGACUUCAGGUGAUUCACUCGCCUCUACCUCCCAAAGUGCUGGGAUUACAGGCGUGAGCCACUGCGCCCAGCCUUGAAUAUGUAAUUUCUGAUUGCCUGCUUUUCUCCCCAAUGCAAAUUAUCUCAAAUAAUGAUAAUUAUUACAUAUAGACAUAAUUACUUCAAUAUGACUCUUUUUCUCAUAAAAAUAAUGACAUAUUUGAGUCAGGCAUAAUACAUUUUUUCUGAGGUUGGAGUUAGCAGGAAAAUGUUAUCUUUUAUGAAUAAAUAAUUCCCAGAUUGGUUGCUACAUAUCAUGAUUCAAAAAGUAAAAUAAUUACCUGGAUGUGGUGGUGUGCACCUGUAGUCCCAGCUACUCAGGAGGCUGAGACGAGAGGGUCAUUUGAGCCCAGGAAGUUGAGGCUUCAGUGAGCUAUAAUGGCCCCACUUGCAGUCCAGCCUAGGCAAUAGAGUGAGACUCUGUCUCUAUUAAAAAAAAAAAGUAAAAUGUUCUUACUAGAAAACAUUAUAUUUAGAAUUUUAGUGAUUAUUCCAUUUAUAAUAUUAUCCCUAGCUACCAAAAAAAAGAUUAUAAGAUACAAAUGAUUUGGUUUACCCAUACAGUUACAUAUUAAUUUUCAUCAUUUAAUACAACUUACCCUACACCGUAGCUUAUUUUUCAAGUUUCUUUCAACAUCUUUGUUGUCAUUCACCUCUUUGUCUAUUUGUUCUGUAGAGAAAACAAGUGUCAUUGCUUUUGUCUUCUCCAUCUAGACUUUUGCAGUCCUUAGACUAUAAUUCUCCUUAGCUCUAUUCAAAUAGUGCACUUGCAAGGCGCUGCAUUCUUCUCAAAGUCAGCCAUGAUGCACAUGUUUAUAAUUACAUACACAUAUAAUUGAAUAUGAUUUUAGAGUCUUGAAAAACUGAUCUUCCUUGGCACUAUCCUGAAUGUUUUUGAUUUUCUUAAAGUGCCUGACAAUAUUGAGUAACAAAGCUUACCAUCACCACAUUGCACCAUUAUGUAUUAUUCUGUAGUCUCCAUCAAUGCAGUGACAUCACUGAUACAUCAUACAAGAAACAAGAUUUCUAACCACAACUAUUCAGAGCAGUAAUUAGCAUCUAUAUUGAGAAUAUAAGACUAAUAUUACAAACUUGACUUUACUCAUCUCUCUCUAAGAUUUUGAUUUCUGCACAACCAUAUGCAGAGCUCAUGUUUGAGAAGGCACUUAAAAGCUGAGAGGCCCAAUGAUCAGUAAUUAUAAUGCUUGCAUGAUCAAAAUUAUAAAUUCUCUUUGUUGAUACAAUUAAAAAUGAGUAAUUUUCUGAGCUUAUGUCAUUUUUUUAUAGUUCUGAUUUUCUCUUCUUUCCUAUCAGUUGUUUGUACACUGGAGAUUUUAGCUCUUUACAGGGUGCUACAAUCUGGUUUAUUUUAGUCUUCUCUACUGCUUUUUCUUCACUUUAAUUCAUUUAUGUGCAAAUCAGGGAAGAAUUGCUGUAGUAUUGAGAAUGGUCAUUUUAAAAGUCUCUACCUUAAGAGCAAAAUUAAUACUGCAAAAUGAAUUUUUGAUUUUACAGGAGCAUAUGGGAAUUUAGAUCAAAUUACAUCUCCCAUCCCAAUCUCCUGCUUCUUCAUCAUCUCCCCCCUUUUCUUUAUAUAAUUAUUUUUUAAAUGUUUUCCUUUCUAUAUUUUUAUAAUAUCUAGGUAAAACUUGUUUAGCAUUUUUUAUUUAAUUAUGGACAUAUUUAGUAUGGACUUUUGUUUCUUUGGUGUAUUUAGUUACACUUGUUUGCAUGAUCUACAUGUUUUUCAGUCUUCAUAUAUACUUGUUAAUAAGGUGAGCAAUAUUCAGGAAUAUUUCAGUAGGCAAUUAAUGAUCAUAAAUUUAUUCACAUUUCAGUAAAUAUUUUUCACAUGAUCAAACAGGAUUUUUUGUUUCUUUUUAAUUUAAAUAUGGCAAAAUAAGCUAGAGAAUCUCAGUGUGAAAACACUGAUACUGAACAUUCUAUUAAAAUAGAAUAAGUUCGUGUAGGGACAUGGAUGAAAUUGGAAAUCAUCAUUCUCAGUAAACUACCGCAAGAACAAAAAACCAAACACCGCAUAUUCUCACUCAUAGGUGGGAACUGAACAAUGAGAACACAUGGACACAGGAAGGGGAACAUCACACUCUGGGGACUGUUGUGGGGUGGGGGGAGGGGGGAGGGAUAGCAUUAGGAGAUACACCUAAUGCUAGGUGACGAGUUAGUGGGUGCAGCGCACCAGCAUGGCACAUGUAUACGUAUGUAACUAACCUGCACAUUGUGCACAUGUACCCUAAAACUUAAAGUAUAACAAUAAUAAAUAAAAUAAUAAAAAUAAAAAUAAAAUAGAAUAAGUUGAUAAAAAGCUCCUCUGUUCAGAAAAACAAAAGAAUGGCAUUUUAUCUCACAUAAAUUUAGGAUGAAAUUUUAAAACAUUCUUUUGACUAAGACUUUAAUUCUUACAUGCAUCUAAAAUAAAUGUUUUGAGUUAGACUCAGUUUAUAUAGCUUCCUCGUUAGAGUACACAUUUUUUUUCUCAUCCUCCUAAUCUCAAGAGUACAUAUUUCUGACAAGCUUUUCAAUGGUACGAUGGCUUUUAUUUUUCUAUCAUCAACUUUCUAUAUUUAACUAAAGCAUUAGUAUUUCUAGAUUUAGUGAAAUAGCAAAUAUGAAUUAAAAUAUUUAUCUCUAGACAUUAGAUCUAUUGUAUUUUGAUUUGUUUUGAUAUAUUUAUGUCUCAGAAGAUAUGUUUAAUGAAUUCAUUUCAUCCUCUCAACCCUCAGUUUUGUUAGGUAUCCACAUUUUUACCAUAUAAAACUAGACUGGAUUAAGGAUUUUGCCUAAACCUAUACCAAUACUCUGAAUAAAUGCAGGGUUGGAGAUAGAAUUCAGGUCUUUUAACUUCUAACACACUUUUUUCUCCAUUGCACUACAGAAGCCGUAAGGUCAUAAUGAUGAUCUUUGUAGAGUAAAUAAAAUAUUUUCCUAGAAAUAUAUAUAACAACCGUACUUGAUAGUUUAUAUCCCAAAUGAAUAUAUUUUUCCAAUCAUGGUUUGCAAAAUCAUGUUUGCAAACUUACUUUGAAGACUAUUUCCUGAUUGCCACAGCAGAUAAUUCGUGGCAAAUCGGAAAUAAUAUUUAGUGAGAUUAUUUUGCACAAUAUAUGUUGUUAUAGCAAUAUCAAAAUCAUUUAAAACAUAUCAACAUUGUAUUAAUAAAAAACGUCAAUAUCUCAUUAAUUCCUUUUUUAUUUUAUGUUCCUUUUUAUUUUAGAAGCAGUGUUCAUUUUUUUCUAAAGUAGAACGCCAGAGCACAGAACACACAGUUCAAGUUUAAAUUAUUAAAUUGUAUGCAAGAAAUUAUUGCCAUAGCAUAGUCUUGAGGAGAACACUUCUACAGUAUUUCUUGAUCUAAGAACCUGAACAUGUGUUAAUGAAAUUAUUAGAAUAAGUUCUAUCUCAAAAAUUUCUUAUUUUAUGAAUGUUUUCUUCACCUAAUAAACAAUACUAAAAUUCAUAACAGCUGUCUGGCAACAGUGUAAUUAGAGCUUCUUUUAUAUUAGAGAUUCCAUCUACCUCUGCAUCUUAUCUAGCUAGAUACAGUCUUUCUAGACUUUCUCCUUUAUUCCCGUGUAGAGAACAAACAAAAAUCACACCUAAAUUAAAGAUCUGUGGUGAAGGGGAAGAGGGGUUGCUAUUAGGAGUUUUCCCGGUAAAACUGUAAAAACAGUAAUCUGCAUUCAGUAUUUGUUUGCCUAGUUCAUCAAGAUAUUUACCCUAAAAACACAUUUUAAUAAAAAUUUGGGUAAACUCAUGUAUCGCAGUAAAAUCUUUUAUGAAUUGAGUGGGCCCUAAAAACAUCUGUAGUACGUGAUGUGUUUGGUUAGAUUCAGCCAAACCGACACCCGUAUGCUAAGACUGCAUUGUCAUUCUGACAGGAGGCAGGCCUCAGUAGUUGCAGUGAGUGCAUUUACUAAUAUAAAGAUCCUUCUUUGUAGUGACAACAAAAAUGAGAUUGUAACUUAAUCAAAUAUGAGUCAGAUAUAGUAAUUCCUGAUAUUGCAGAUGAAAGAGCAGGGUCUUUUCAAGUGCUUGCUACAACUGACUAAAUUUGAAGCUUUUUAUGUAAAAGUUCUUCUCCCAGAUAUUUUAAACCAGUAUGUUAAUUAUUUCCUAGAAUGAAUAAUUCUCCUUUUUUGAUAGAUUUUUGAAAUUAUUUUACUUACUACUUACAUACUUUGAACAAAUACGUUUUUCUUAUCCCAGUAUUAAAUUGAAACAAAUAUUUAAAAUAAGAUUGUUGGAAUAAAAGUUAUAGAUAGUCACUUGUUGCUAAUAAAAGACAUUCCUUGGCAACAGCCACAUCCAGCUAACUUUUGCAAGAAUUUUUUAAGGGAUUAGAUUUAGGGGUUAAUGUUUAGAAUUAUUUUUAAAAUAUAAAUUAUAUUUUAGGCUGUAUUUUUGUGAUUUUUAAGUGAAAAAAAUAAAAUGUAGUUGUCUUCUUUAUUCUAUAGAUAUCUUAAUGACCACUGAACAAAUGAUCAUAUUGCCACAUGGUCUAUCAACUAUGGUUACUAUGAUAGUGAAAUAAAGAGGAUAGUUUUGCUUGACACCUAAAUGAUCCAAAGAGUUGUUUUUACAUGACUUAAAUCAUGGCUGUAUUAUGUCAUUUUUAAAGAAAAUAAAGUAUAAAAUAAUACAUUUAAAUACCUGUCAAAAUUUUAAAAUAUAAGAUAGAACCUUCUUUUUUUGCCUUCUUACACAUGAAUGUACUUAAAGUAUUGUUAUGUGAUCUUGGGAUACUUAUUUAUUUUUGAAAUUUGUGUAUAUAUAGCACUUCUGAACUUAGCAAAUAAUAUGUGUAAAGGAAUUAACCAAAAAUGAAAGAACUGGCAUUUUCAUAUGGAUACAUAUUUUGCUUAAACUAAAUAAAAUAACUUAGAUUUAUUUAAAUCAGGAAUAUUUUAUGUUGUUGAUCAUUUUUAAAGUAUAUUUUAUUCAAAUAUUCCUACUUUGUUUUUCAGCACACUUGUUUAAGUUCUUGCCUUUCAGGUAUACUACAGUGUUAUAUGAACAUAAUGUUUUAAAAAAAUCUCAGUUGUAGUUUCUAAUUUUCACUGCAUAACAAAUUUGAAACCAAAUGUUGAAUUUCUCUGUGAGGGUACUUAUUUUGCCUACAGUUUCAAAUAUAUUUUCAAAUUCAUCUCUUUCUUACUAGACUGUGAGCUCCUUGUGGACAAGGACGUUAUUUUAGUUAUAAUGACAACUUUAAUAUCUAGCAAAGUGCCAGGCAUAGAGUAUUCCUUUAUCGAAAUGAAUUGAUAGAUAUUGAUUAUUAAAAUGCUACUACAGUAUUCUACGAUGCAGGCUGAAUGUAUAUUACAGUAAUUCUCUGGCUAAUUUUAAAAGUAAGACAUAGAAAACAAAACACCUGUAGCAUUUUCUUUAUUUAAAAUUGAAACUCUUUUGAAUCCUUUUUAUUUUGUCAAACAUUCUAUGCAAAUAUUGAAAUAUGCAACAGCUAAACUUUAUGGUACAUAUUAAUUAGUUUUAUUUUCUUUUCAAAAUCAGAAAUGCUGUAUUUAAGCUUCCUGGAAAUGUCGACAAUCAUUUUAAUGACCAAAGGUGCUACUUAUUUUUCAACAUUGACCUUGAUCAUAAGUGCUUCUAUCUGCUGAGCUUUAUUUAUUGUUUUUGGACAGAAAGUUUGGUGGGAAGGUUGCAAUAAAAUCAGAAUCUCUCUUGUCUGAAUUAUGCAGUUUAACCCUGUCCAUGUUCCUCUGUACUCUAUUCUUACUGUAUUUUAGUUAUUGUUUCUUACUUAUCACUAAUUUUUACUGCAGGUCUGUGCUGUUUCUUAGAAAGUACGUGCAUAUAUAUUUCUAUAAUAUGUAAGAAAAAACCUGUAUUGCUUAUUAAAUUAAAAUUAAAAUAAAAAAAUUCAUGUUAAA